GUCAGGGCGCUCGGGUCCGCCCCGCCGCCUCUGCGGCGCUGGAAGCCUCGGUCCUCCCGGAAGUGCCCGGUUCUGCCUGUCGGGGUCCGGUUCUGUGCUGCUGAGGGGCCCAGGGCGGCGGGGAUGGCGGAGGCGGCGCUGCUGCUGCUGCCGGAGUCGGCGGCCGAGCGGGACGCCCGCGAGAAGCUGUCCCUCUGGGAUUGGAGACCCGACUCGGUGGCGCCGCUGACAGACAGGCAGACGGACUCGGUGCUGGAGCUGAAGGCGGCGGUGGAGAACCUGCCGGUGCCCGCCGAGCUCCCAAUUGAAGACAUCUGCAGCUUAGCAUCCCAGUCACUGCCCAUUGAACUGACUGCUGUGGUGCCCGAAUCUACAGAAGACAUCCUCUUGAAGGGCUUCGCUUCCUUAGAAAUGAAAGAGGAAAGAAUUGAGACUGCACAGCAGUUUUUCUCAUGGUUUGCAAAGCUGCAAACUCAGAUGGAUCAGGAUGAAGGAACCAAAUAUAGACAGAUGAGGGAUUACUUGUCUGGGUUUCAGGAGCAGUGCGAUGCUAUCCUGAAUGAUGUGAACAGUGCCCUUCAGCAUCUGGAGUCACUGCAGAAGCAGUACCUUUUUGUGUCCAAUAAGACAGGAACUCUUCAUGAAGCCUGUGAACAGCUCCUAAAAGAGCAGUCGGAACUUGCUGACCUUGCUGAGCACAUCCAACAGAAGCUGUCUUAUUUUAAUGAGUUGGAGACGAUUAACACAAAAUUGAAUUCUCCCACGUUGUCUGUGAAUAGUGAAGGAUUUAUCCCUAUGCUGGCCAAGCUAGAUGAUUGUAUAACAUAUAUUUCAUCUCAUCCUAAUUUUAAAGAUUAUCCUGUAUACUUACUGAAGUUUAAACAAUGUCUUUCUAAAGCUUUGCACCUCAUGAAGACAUACACUGUGAACACUCUUCAGACUCUCACAAAUCAGUUACUUAAAAGGGAUCCCUCAUCAGUACCUAAUGCAGACAAUGCCUUCACACUAUUUUAUGUGAAAUUUCGAGCUGCUGCCCCUAAAGUCAGAGCUCUUAUUGAACAGAUAGAGCUGCGAUCUGAAAAGAUACCGGAAUACCAGCACCUGCUCAAUGAUAUCCACCAGUGUUACCUUGAUCAGCGGGAGCUCCUUCUGGGCCCCAGCAUUGCCUGUACUGUCGCGGAGCUAACCAGCCAAAAUAAUAGAGACCAUUGUGCCUUGGUUCGCAGUGGCUGCGCCUUUAUGGUCCAUGUCUGCCAAGAUGAGCACCAACUUUACAAUGAAUUCUUUACAAAGCCAACGACAAAGUUAGAUGAGCUUUUGGAGAAGCUGUGCGUGUCAUUGUAUGAUGUGUUCCGGCCACUGAUUAUCCAUGUCAUUCACUUAGAGACUUUGUCAGAGCUUUGUGGCAUUCUUAAAAACGAGGUGCUUGAAGACCAUGUGCAGAACAAUGCUGAGCAACUGGGGGCAUUUGCAGCUGGAGUAAAGCAGAUGUUGGAAGAUGUACAAGAGAGGCUUGUGUACCGGACCCAUAUCUACAUUCAGACGGACAUCACAGGCUACAAACCAGCGCCUGGAGACUUGGCAUAUCCUGAUAAGCUGGUCAUGAUGGAGCAAAUCGCUCAGAGCUUAAAAGACGAGCAAAAGAAGGCACCCUCAGAAGCUUCCUUUUCAGAUAUCCGGUUAGAAGAAGGAGAGCCCAGUACUUUAAGAAAAUCUGGUUCAACAGACUCCCUCAAUCCUAGACCGCAGAGCACAAUUUCUCCGGCAGAUCUUCACGGGAUGUGGUAUCCCACAGUGCGAAGAACACUUGUCUGUCUCUCCAAGUUAUAUAGAUGCAUAGAUAGGGCGGUGUUCCAAGGUUUAUCACAGGAAGCAUUGUCUGCCUGCAUACAGUCCUUGCUAGGAGCAUCGGAGUCAAUCAGCAAAAAUAAGACUCAGAUUGAUGGACAACUUUUCUUAAUUAAGCACCUUUUGAUUCUUCGAGAACAAAUUGCUCCAUUUCACACUGAAUUCACCAUUAAGGAAAUUUCCCUGGACCUCAAGAAAACUAGAGAUGCAGCAUUUAAAAUCCUGAACCCUAUGACUGUUCCGAGAUUUUUUAGGCUGAAUAGCAACAAUGCCUUGAUAGAGUUCUUGUUGGAGGGGACUCCUGAGAUCAGAGAGCAUUACCUCGACUCUAAGAAGGACGUAGACCGGCACCUGAAGUCAGCCUGUGAGCAGUUCAUUCAGCAGCAGACCAGGCUGUUUGUAGAGCAGCUGGAGGAGUUUAUGACAAAGGUGUCAGCACUAAAAACCAUGGCCAGUCAGGGAGGCCCCAAGUACACCCUCUCACAGCAGCCGUGGGCACAACCAGCAAAGGUCAAUGAUCUCGUGGCCACUGCUUACAAGACAAUAAAAACGAAGUUGCCACUGACGUUGAGAAGCAUGUCACUGUACUUGUCCAAUAAGGACACCGAGUUCAUCUUGUUUAAGCCUGUUAGGAAUAACAUUCAGCAAGUCUACCAGAAAUUCCAUGCUCUGUUAAAAGAGGAGUUCAGCCCUGAAGACAUCCAGAUCAUUGCUUGUCCUUCCAUGGAACAGCUGAAUCUCCUGCUGUCAGUUUCUAAAUAAUUACCAUGGACCACGGGUGUCAACCGUCAGUCCCCUGGGAAAGGCCUGAGGAGUCCUGCAGCCUGCAGGGUGCCCAGGACCCCUGUGUGGGAUAGCUCCUGAGAAACAGGGGUGUGCUACUCAGUGCUGCCUGCAGAAAGAACCCUGAGUGAAGCAGAAGAUCCAAAUGCCAAAGAUUGACAGCAGGGGGAACUGCCUCAGUGACAUGGUCUCCAGAAAUGGAGAGGUAUAAGAGGUGCCGCGGGCUCACAGUACACGGCCCUUCACAGAGACUGUGCAAUAAAAGUAGGUUACGAUAAAUAGUGUGGACUUCGUAGGAACUCAGCUUCCUGGAGCUGCUGGGUCCUGAUUGCUCCUGUGGACAUUGCAAGGCGUUUAUCCACCGGCAUUCCAUGGUUACUGUUACCUGGAGAAAUCUUACUUCUGUAUCCCGAUGCAGGGUUUUUCCCUGCCAUCUUAAGGUUGCGUUGGGAGUAGAUUGGUUGAUUUUCCUGGACUCAGGCUAUCGUCUUCCUAUGGACUUGAUGUGAGGCAGUUGCAGAAGCCAAGGCCUCGUGUAAGGCACUGUGCUCUCCUCAUCUCCGAGUCAGCUGUGUCUCGGUAGUUGGACCUUCAUAGUAUGGGCACCAGGGUGAGUGUGCGAGUUACCGGUGGAGAGAGAAGUCUGUGGGGAGUGGGUCCCAGAAGUGGAGCUUAGUCACUGGCCUUCUGCUGACCUUGGUUGCAAUUCUUUAUAAAGUGAAUACUCUUUGGUUGCCUAUGUUGUACUAGACACCAGCCUUCUGGGGUCCCCAGUCCUGCCACAACUGAACACCUAAGUGUGGCAAACACUGCCCGUACCUUAAACAAGAUACCAAUCAAGAGUCAAAAGACUAUAAGCAUCCAUGAAUUUUCCUACAAAUUCCUCUUUGAAUUGGCUUAGACCCUGGUAUUAAGUAAAUGUAGCCUGCUUCUUCAAUUAACUCAGACCGUAGUCUUGUGGCUGGGACAGUGCUGAGGACUCUGAAAUAGGACAAGUGACCUCGCGGUGCAGGUGGAGUGACAGGAGCAGCUUCUUGCACAGUGUGCACGUGGGUGACCCAUUCUGAUGCAACAGGCCACUUGAUUUUCAAUGCGGUUUAAAUUGGUGGUGGACGUUGCUUGGUAGAGCAUAUUACUCUAUAUUUUGGGAAACUCGAAGGUAAGAGGGUCCAUAUUUUUCUUUGCUAUGAAAUGAAUGAGUUAGGAAGAUUAUACUUAACUAUUUUAAUACAUGUCUAAUGUGAUAAACUGUAAUAUCCAGUUCUGUGUAUUAUAUGUACAUUUGGUGUUCAAAUAGCCUUUCCAAAGAAAUGUGGGCGUAAUUGUGCAGCACUGAGACUCAGCAGUCUGGCGUGCGGAGCAGGACACGCUCUCCAGGAAACACUUGUUCUUGGUUUUGAUUUUUUUGUUUCUGAAAACACUCAACACCUUACCAAGUGCUGGGAAGGUAGUACUGAUCCAGUUUGUUUGCUGAAUGAAUAUUUGUUUAAAUAUGUACAGUUUCAAGUGUUUACUUAUACAGAGUGUACAUACUUUGAAAUAAUUAAUUUAAGAUGCUUUAUAUUAUUUAGCUAGAAAUUGCUGUUUUUAAUAAAUAAAUUUUUUAAAAAAAUAAAGAUCUUUGCUUCCUA